AGCAUCAGUACCUAUAUUUUUUUUAAAUGCCUAAAAUUAAAUUCAGAUUAGCGACUGCAAUGAUCUACCAUGAGAAGAGGGAGGAUAAUGAUGGCUUUGUUUCUAUUUUAAACGCAUUCCCCUCAACGGAUGGGCAAUUUAAGCGUGGCACAUGAAUCCAACGAUGUGACAAGGUUGAGCUCGUGAAGUGAUUACUAAACAGAGUCAUUUUAAUUUUAAUUUUUAUUUAUGUAUUACCACCUCUACCUAUUUCGAUUUUCUCAGUAAUUUGUGUUUUGUCUCUUACUCAUCCAACUAUUUACCACACAUGGGCUUUAUUAUUUUUAGUAAAUAUCCAAGCACAUGUGACGCAUUGCGCGUGAUCACAUGAGAGGAUCAGGCGUAAAUUUCAUGUGAUCGCUGGUAUUAAUUUGUAUAAGAGCAAAAAAAGGGAAUUUUGCUCCUCUCAAAUAUAAUUUAUAUUUUGGGAUUGGUUUUUUUCCUGCCAUGCGCUGCUACCAAGUGUUCUGCUGUGUGAGAGGGGGAACAACAACAGACAUUAUUUAUGGACAAAAAUCCUCCCACUUAGCACCUGAGUUGAAUUUUUGCUAAUUAUAGUAACAAACUAACGUGCCAUCAUACGGCAAUUUUCACGUAUAGAUCUCCUUCCUCGCAUCUUCUCUGUAUUAUCUUGAAGUUACUCUUCUGUCACCUGUGUGUUGGUGACAGAGUUAUUAAAAUAAAUUUACGAAACACACAAAUGAAGAACAAAUUUCCAUUUGUUCUCUCAGCCAUUAACUGUGAAAUGACCGAUUUCAGAGCUAAAGAAUAUUUUUUUUUUUAAUUAUUUUAUAGAGCUAGAAUUAGUUAAUAUUUAGAUAUUUAGAUAUUUAGACUUGGAAGAAGAAGAGGCAAUCUGAUCGUAUUUUAGCACAAACUUGGAAUUUCUAGAUCUAAAAUAUCAGAAAUUGAAAACGUAAAAUGAUUGGAAGGAAAUGAGCCAUUUCAGCCACAACAACCUAUAGUUAGAUUACUUAUCUACGAUGUUGUCGCCGUAUGGGUGUGUUUUGCGGGAAAGAAGCAAAAAAAAGCGCGUUUACAGAAGUGUGUGAGGGAGAGAGUGAGUAGAUGGAGGGAGAAGGAGAGACGAUCGAGUGUAUAUUAUGUGAUGGUAAAAUGACAAGAUCACCUAAUGAAUUGAAUCAGUUGCCGGACAGAAGUUUUUCAGUGAUCAAGAGAUCGCCGGAGUAGGUGCACAUUUUUUCUCUUCUCUCACGCUCGAAGAUCUCUUACCCGUAGUUGAUCAGUCGAAAGAGGAUCUCAUAAGAGAUUUACCGGGGAAAAGGAAGUUGCAGAAAAAAUAAGAAAGUGUGCAGUACGAGCGAUUCUAGUUUAUCCUGGAGGAAUUCAUAGAGGAAAAGGUGUUUGUGGAAGAAGAAAAAUCAAACAAACUUGAAGUGAAGGAAGAUCUCACGCAAUUUUCAUCCACACGUGAUUGUGGGAAUUGAAGCUGUGUUACAAGAGAGGAAGUCUCAAGGAAUUUUUGUCGUCUUGUGUGUGAAAUAAAAAAUCCAACGACCGCGAAUUACACGAGGAAGGAGGAGAAAAAAGUAGCUAAGCUGUGGUGUGUGGAGAGAUAAGGAAUUCCAAUAUCUAUCAUGUCUGGGGGAUUUUUCUAUGAGAACAUCAUUCCUCAUCUCAUUGCAAACGAGAGUAAGAAUUCCGAAGCGAAGGACAAAACAGCGCGGCAGAGCAAAUUGAAGAGAUUUCUCAAGAAGAUCGGACGUCUAGCGCUGUGAUGAUCAACAAUUUUUCGCGCAAAGAAAUUCCAACACUAAAGUGAAUCAGUAUAAUAUAAAAUUUCAAUACAAUUUAAUUUUCGUGUGCUCUCGCGACCAUCGUGGGUGUUUUCUCGAGGUGGAUGCGGGAGUGAGAAGUACCAAUAGAGUGAGGUCUAAUAAAAUUUUGGAUGAGUGUGGAGGUGACAACAGGUGAAGGAAGAAAGAAAAAUAUGUUCAAGAAGUAUGUAUCGAAGUUGUCCACUGCCCUCGGAGCAGUUCACUAUCUGUCGGACAAGAAGAAGCCCACUCACGACGGCGAACACGAAAUUUUGGAUAUCUCCUCAACAUCCAUCCUACCCCUACCAGCUGCCCAAAUUAUCAUCUCCACGGCAAUUGCUGAACUCCGCAACACACUCUUCUUCUAUCCGUGGUUUCACGGCAAUUUAUCGGGGAAAGAGGCGGAGAAGUUGAUUUUGGAGCGUGGCAAAAAUGGAUCAUUUCUAGUCCGUGAAUCUCAAAGCAAACCCGGUGACUUUGUCCUCUCCGUCCGGACGGACGACAAGGUGACCCACGUGAUGAUCCGGUGGCAAGAUAAGAAGUACGAUGUAGGUGGUGGUGAACAAUUCUCCACCCUAUGUGAACUCAUUGAGCACUACAAGAGGAAUCCCAUGGUGGAGACAUGUGGUACAGUUGUACACCUGAGGCAGCCCUUCAAUGCCACGCGUAUCACAGCUGCAGGGAUAAAUGCACGCGUGGAGCAGCUGCAGAAGGAGAAUGGGGGUCAUUGCUAUGGGAAGGGGGGCUUUUGGGAGGAAUUUGAAUCUCUGCAGCAGCAGGAGUUUCGGCACUCCUUCUCGCGCAAAGAAGGGCAAAAGUUGGAGAAUCGAGGAAAAAAUCGCUACAAGAACAUCCUCCCAUUCGAUCAUACGCGCGUGAAGCUCAAAGAUGUGGAGUCUGGAGUUCCGGGGGCUGAAUACAUCAAUGCCAACUACAUUAGACAGCCUACGGAGAGUGAACAGGGCGAUAUCAAUGCGUCGUCGGAGAAUCUGAAUGGGGGGCAGGCUAUGUGUGCAUCGUGUCAGCAGAAGAACUGCCCCAAUUGUCAGGCACUCAACAAGACGUGUGUGCAGUGUGCCAUGAAGAAUGCAAUCCUUCCCGCCCCAUCAACCAACUGUACAAAUUGCAGUAAGAAAAAUGAGAUUAUCAACUCAAGGCACAAACGAAGCGAAUCAAUAACGUCACGUGGAUUUGCAAUGAAGCGCGAUGAGAAGGAUACGUUCAAGACGUACAUUGCGACACAGGGAUGCAUGCCGAACACGAUAAUUGAUUUCUGGAAUAUGAUCUGGCAAGAGAAUACUCGUGUAAUUGUGAUGACUACCAAAGAAUACGAGCGGCGUAAGAAUAAGUGCGCCAAGUACUGGCCGGAUCAGGGUCAGACACAGGAAUGGGGACAUGCAAAGGUCACGUGUGUCACGGAGAGUUCAACAAAUGACUACACAUUGCGGGAAUUUCUCUUUUCGUGGCGUGGCAAGGAGGAGAGACGUAUAUUUCAGUAUCACUUCCAAGUAUGGCCCGAUCAUGGGGUGCCAUCUGAUCCUGGGUGUGUCCUCAAUUUCCUGCAGGAUGUCAAUGCGCGCCAAGAGCAAAUCAUGAUUGAAGGGGCAAAUCCGGGCCCCAUUUGUGUCCACUGCUCAGCAGGAAUUGGACGAACGGGAACGUUUAUCGUGAUAGACAUGAUUCUUGAUCAAAUCAUCCGAGAAGGUGUUGAAACUGAGAUUGAUAUUCAGCGAACAAUCCAAAUGGUGCGAUCACAGCGAUCGGGAAUGGUGCAAACGGAGGCCCAGUACAAGUUUGUCUACUACGCCGUACAGCACUACAUCCAGACGUUGUUUCACAUGCGCAAGGCACAGGAGGUGAGCGUCCAGGCGGGGCAUGAGUACACCAAUAUUAAAUAUGCCGGCGAUAUUUGUGAUCUUCAGCGAUCACCACUACCGCCAUCAAUGUCUACGCUUAAUUUGAGCAAUGCCAAGCAAGAUACUCUCAAUUCAAAGACGCACAAUAAAACCAGGUCAAUAUCAGACACACAAAUUCCAACCCCGCCAAGGUCUAUUGUUGAUUUUACAACACAAACAGUAUAUGAAAACAUUCCCAAAGACAUACGACCGCCACCUCCAACACCUCCGAGAAAGUCAUGACUAGCGCGAGAUGUCUAAACAUAAUAAGCAUCAUGAUGUGGUGAGAGGUAGAUUUAUAUAAAGAAAGGAAAAAAACAAGCCAGUGAUUUCUUCUCAUUGUGUGUUUAUAAUUAUAAAUGCUGGAUUAGAAAUAAAUUCUAUAUCGUGUAGCUAACAGAGAGAAGAGAUAGUGAAAGAAAGAAAGAAAAAAGAAAAACCCUCGAUAAUCACAUUUUCAAAACACUGACAAUUUUAACUCUUCUUAUAGGAUGAUUUAUGUGAGAAAAAAAAUAUUUGAGUGUAGGAUAACUAAAUUUAAGGAAUCUUCAAUGGAAAAAUAGUUAAACCCCGAGUGGUGGCUUUUUUUUUGACAAAAAUUGUGAUUAACAUUGUAACAUUGCGCGGAUGGAGCAAUGAUUUUUAUUUUGUAUAAUGAGAAAAAUAUGAAAACAAAUAUUGGAGAUAAGCA